AUGAAUUCACACAUAUACAUCGUCGCAGGACGAAUAUCGCCAAUCGCCACCCGAGUUGCUGCCACCAGACCUGUUGCCGUAGCUGCUUCCAGCCUCAACUUGUCCACCCCGGCGGUCUCCGUGCACCGCGCUCGCGCCCCCAACUCACAACGUCAUCGCCAGCAACGGCGGCAAUUCUCGAGUCCUGCCACUUCCGCGAACACCGCAACAGCAACAACAACAACCACCGAAUCCACAAAGCACCGCAGAAUGGCAAAGGACGGCGAACCUCCCGCGCCUCGGCCCAGCGCGUCCGUCGUGCUGCUGUCGCCCUCCAACGAGAUCCUGCUGCUGCACCGCGUCAAGACCUCGUCGUCGUUUGCGUCGGCGCACGUCUUCCCCGGCGGAAACGUGGACCCGUUCCACGACGGCGACGUUCCGGCCGAGGGCAACCCCGACAAGCACCGCGACGGCCCGGCGUACCGUCUGUGCGCCAUCCGAGAGACGUUUGAGGAGUCGGGCAUCCUGCUGGCCAAGAAGGACGGCAAGCUGGUGCAGAUCCCGGAGAAGGAGAGAGAGGAGGCGCGCAAGCAAAUCCACGCUCGCAAGGUCAAGUUUGGCGACUGGCUCAAGUCAAUCGGCGCCACCGCAGACACAGAGUCCCUCAUUCCCUACACGCGCUGGCUGACGCCCGUUACCGUGCCCAAGCGCUUCACCACGCAAAUGUACCUCUACCUGCUCCCGCUGACGCGCCGCGACGUGCCCUCCAAGAUGGUGAUCCCGACGGCGGACGGCGGCAUCGAGCACACGGCGGCGCUCUUUGCCGAGCCGCAGGCGUGGCUCAAGCAGGCGAACCAGGGCGAGAUCAUCCUCUUCCCGCCGCAGUACUUUAUCCUCGACACAGUCGGGCGGCACGUGGGCGGCGGCAGGCCGGGCUCCCUCGAGGAGGAGUCGAAGCGCUUCAUGCAGGAGCGCCGGCGGCUGCUCAAGUUUGUCAAGCAGGUGCCGACGGCGACGACGGCGCUGGGCCGGGCGCACCCGUCGGCGCAGGUUCCCUGGGCCGACAAGGUCAUCAGCCCGGUGCCCAUGUACAUGCGCGAUAAGGACGGCGACCGCCGCGCCGUCCUGUCGCUCGCCCACCCGGGGCCGGAGCUCGAGGGCUCGGACCGCGUGGGCGACUUUGAGAGGGUGGUGCUGACCAAGUUUGGCAAGAACGGGCCGACGGGCGUCGAGGUGAGACUGCGCGAGGAGGUUCUCGACGAGGAUGCGCAGCCCAAGGAAGGGCGUCUGGAGAAGCUGUAA